GUGCCUCCUCAUAAUUUUUUCAAUAAAAAAUACGAACAAGGAUCUAUAUAUGCAAUUCACAAGAGAUAAAGGACAUAAACGAAAAAAAAAAGAUAAAGGACCAAAACGUUACAAAUCAAAAAGAUAAAGGAUUAUUAGUGUAAUUUAGCCUUGUGAAAAAUAAAGUAAAAACUAAAAACAAAAAGUUAACGCAUAGGACAAAAAUUUGGUGACAUCAUUAACUAGGAUGAUGAUAAAAACUAAGAUCGGAGGCUGAAGUACAUUGUUGUCGUCCUGUUCCUUCUUUCCACCACCACCAGGUUACUGUUACACCCAACUUCAAUAUCAUCAUCAUCAUGGAACAACUCAAAUUCAUUCUUAUUCUUCUAAUGUUUCUUUCUUCAACCGUCACUGCUGAAUAUAUUCGUCCUUUGCCUCGAAAAACCUUAAACAUCCCUUGGCCAUGGGAUUCCAAAUCCAAAACUCACUCUUAUAACCCUCAAUAGGUACACAUAUCUUUGGCAGGAGACAAGCAUAUGAGAAUUACAUGGAUAACUGAUGACAAACAUUCACCUUCAUUUGUAGAAUAUGGAACAUUAUCUGGUAGAUAUGAUUCAAUAUCUGAAGGAGAAUACACAUCUUAUAGUUAUCUGUUAUAUAGUUCAGGAAAGAUACACCAUACUGUAAUUGGACCGUUGGAAUACAAUACCGUGUACUUUUACCGAUGUGGCGGACAAGGUCCUGAGUUCGAGCUCAAAACUCCUCCGGCUCAGUUUCCAAUUACUUUUGUUGUGGCUGGUGAUCUUGGUCAAACUGGUUGGACUAAAUCAACGUUAGAUCACAUUGAUCGAUGUAAAUAUGAUGUUUACCUUCUUCCAGGUGACCUUUCAUAUGCCGAUUGUAUGCAACAUCUUUGGGACUCGUUUGGUAGGUUAGUUGAGCCGCUUGCUAGUGCGAGGCCGUGGAUGGUAACAGAAGGAAAUCAUGAAGAGGAGAAUAUACUAUUGUUAACCGAUGAGUUUGUGUCCUAUAAUUCUAGAUGGAAAAUGCCUUUUAAGGAGAGUGGAUCAACUUCAAAUCUUUAUUAUUCUUUUGAAGUUUCAGGUGUUCAUGUUAUCAUGCUAGGGUCUUAUGCAGAUUAUGACGAGUACUCGGAACAAUAUAGAUGGCUAAAGGAAGAUCUCUCAAAGGUGGACCGGAAAAGGACACCAUGGCUGUUUGUGUUAUUUCAUGUGCCAUGGUAUAAUAGUAACAAAGCUCAUCAAGGUGCAGGGGAUGAUAUGAUGGCAGUCAUGGAGCCAUUGCUUUAUGCGGCUGGGGUUGAUUUAGUUCUCGCUGGUCAUGUUCAUGCUUACGAACGUUCGAAACGCGUGUAUAAUGGAAGAUUGGAUCCUUGUGGUGCUGUUCAUAUAACUAUUGGUGAUGGUGGAAACAGAGAAGGCUUAGCUCAUAGGUACAUAAAUCCACAGCCACAGUGGUCGGAAUUCCGCGAAGCCAGUUUUGGUCACGGUGAGCUGAAGAUUGUAAACUCUACUCAUGCCUUCUGGAGUUGGCAUAGGAAUGAUAACGACGAGUCAGUAAAAGCUGAUGAUAUCUGGAUAACCUCUUUUGUAAGUUCGGGAUGUGUUGAUCAGAACAGACACGAGCUCAGGAGUAUGCUUGCGACACCUUAACAGACUAAUGUCUGCUAUACUCAUUACUUAAUUAGCACUUUGAUUACGCGAGGCUUCUGUCGUAAGAGCGAGUAAAUCAGGUAUUUAACUACACAUCUGCUGGUUGUGUUUGUAUAUAUUAAUUAAUACUGUAAGGACUUGGAUUUGUAUGUAAAUGGAGUGUAAAGCUAGUAAGUAGUCUCUUUGGAAUAGAAGAUUCAUAUUUCAUACCAUAUACACAAUGAAAAAUAAUAUAAGAAACUUAAUGAUAAAGGAUUCAAA